AUGUCAAACUCAUUCUUUGAGCGGGCCAACCCGCCGCCACGGCGGAAAACAUGUACAGCCUGCACCAAAGCCAAGCGCAGAUGCGACCACGGCCAACCGGCAUGCUUGCGGUGCUCGAGGCGGAAUAUCGCCUGCGACUACUCCGCUCCGCCAAUCCCGAUCAGAUCAAAGGCGAGCAAUCGCGAUCUCGUUGUGCGAGCCCCGAAGCCUCGGCGACAGCAUCAUCAAAGCAGUGCAGCUCCAAGUCCCGUUCCCCUCCUCGACGACAACGCUGGCUCCAGCGCUUCCCUCAUCCCUUGGUCCCAGAAUCCGGAUCUUUUACCUUUAGACAUGAGAGACUUGGAAGAUGCCAAUUUUGAUCUGGCCUUUGACGAACUCAUAACCAGUGACGCCUUCCUCGAAGGGGCCUUGAUCGCUCCUUCCCUCACGCCCAAGCCAGACGAUAUGCUUGUCCCAUCUUACGACUCUGCCCCAGGCUCACUUGAGAGUGUGAUAGCCAACCGUCUUCAGUAUGCCCUUGAUGAAAUCAAAAAGGUUCCGACCACGGUGGUGAUGGAGAAUCAAGCUCCGUGGAGCCAUCCCUGUUUGUAUCGAGCCCACAUGCCCCGAGACAUGCAAGGUAAGUACCUCAUGUCGCCCUCGCCCAAGUCCACUACCCAUGGGAAGAAUCUGACUGUACAUUCACCAGAUGCUCAAGCCUGCUGCGCUCUUUACAUAGCAAAGAACAAAAUCAACUCAUCCUUCGUCCUACGUACCAUCCAAGCCAGAGCUCACGAGCUGCUCGCCUCCCCAAUGCCCAAGAACCGCCUCGACAUUCUAGCUCGCUUCCACGCCAUCCUCCUCUACCAAAUAAUCCGCCUGUUCGACGGCGACAUCUCCAUGCGGGCCUCCGCUCAGCACACCUUAUCCUCUCUAGAACACACCAUACUCGCCCUACUGCCGUUUGUGAAGUGGGAACCGGAACAGCCUGCCACUGGCCCGGCCCAAGACUACACCGCAUGCCCGACCAAGGACUUUUGGCAAGAAUGGAUCUUCCAAGAGUCAGCUCGACGUACCAUAUUCUUCACCUGUUUCUUCCUUGUUGCCUAUAGUGCUCUGGUCGGCACGCUUACCAAUGGAUGUGAGGAACGAUACGUGUUUUGUCAGUCGUGGACCAUGUCCGCUCAUCUUUGGAAGGCGCCUACCGUAGUUGACUUUGCUGUUGCUUGGAAGGAGAAGCAGCACCUUGUGAUUACAAAGCAGGGCUUUGAGGAAGCCUUGAGGGAUGCUGCUGCUGAUGAUAUUGACGCGUUUGGAAAGAUACUCUUGGUCAGCGCGUUGGGCAUUGAAGAUGCGAGGCUGUGGUUUUACAACAGGGGCAGCUCUUUGUGA